GGCUCCAAACCAUCGCGAGGCGAAUGCUGGGCAAGCUUAUGCAGCUGCAGUCAGAUUGUUGGGCGAGCAUUUGCUCCUCCUCCCCCUCCUCCAUUGAGCCGCAUCCAUGCAAGAGACUAUCUCACGCACCUGGUUCCCUUGGCUUCCUCUUGCUCCAUCCCUUCCUGAUGCUCCGCCUCCCGAUCACCUUUUGAACAGCACAUUGUACCUCCAGAUACUAUGCUUUGAGAAAGGAUCAAAAACUUCUCCUGACUUCUCUCUGCACUCUUCAUAUUCAUGAAUGACCUUCUACUUUGUUUUGCAAAGAUCAUGUCGAACUGGGCCGCUGGAAUGAUUUUCUCGGAUUAUGCUCCUGCUCCAUCGAAAGCUACAUCGGAGAUGGCUAAUGGAGCAAGUAGCGACAGCUCAAGACAGAAACAAGUUGCCGGACUUCAGGCGGAAGCGUCAGGAUGGUACGAGGAUAUCACAAACCCUGUUGUGUCUCAGUAUAAGAACGAAGCUAUCUCCCUGAAUGUUGGAAACGGACUCGCACAAGCAAGUGCUGCCCACCCUGCGUCACGUCUGGUGUCUGAGAAACAGAUCAUGUCUCAGGAAUCGGCAAAUCGCGGGCGGGAGAAGCUUUCUGUGCCCGCGGUGACGGAUCAACUCGAAUUGUUGAGGACCUCCAAUGAGGAUCUGACUCCAUCUCAACUUAUGGAGGCAGCUAACGCAUGGGCUAAACGGAACAAUUUCUCUCCUGAACAACUGCAAGAGUUUGGCCAUCUGAUUACCAUGGUCGCAGCAACGUACAUUCCUCGGUCACAAAUCAAGAAAUUUCGACAAUUAGACCAGGGUUCUUUUGGAUUGAUCUACAGCGCGGAGUAUGACGGCUCCACAGUAGCUGUCAAGCAAUGCUCCUCGGACGGAUCUCAAAUCAAAGCAAAGAUGCGUGAGUUGCUGUUGGAGUUGAGUGUGCUCGUGAGAAUCCGGCACCCAAACAUCGUGACCUUCUGGGGAACCGCUGCCGAAUUCCCGUUGACCUCGGGAUCCAAGCCCUACAUGGGGAUGGUGUUUGAGCUAUGUCACAAGGGAAGUUUGUACAAGGCAUUGCAUCAACACGGUGGGAAAAAACUCCCGUUCAAAGAGAAGAUGAGAUUUGCUUUGGAAGUCUCUCGUGGAAUGAGCUACGUGCACGCAAAGGGAAUCAUUCAUAGGGACCUCAACAGCAGAAAUGUCUUGAUAACAGAUCAAAUGCAUGCAAAAGUCGCAGAUUUCGGAUGCGCGCGGAAGCUGAAAGGAUCAGCUCUGCACACGACAACGAUUUCAGGCAGCCCUGCUUACAUGGCACCGGAGCAGCUAGAGGGACACGACUUGACCGACAGGAUAGACGUGUGGGCCUUCGGAGUUCUGAUGUGGGAGAUAGUAACAGACCAAGUUCCGUGGGCGUCCAAGGGGAACAGUCUGGAUGCGCUGAAACGCUGCAUAUGUGUACAGGGGGACAGACUGCCGUUGCCUGCGGCAGAUAGAUUUCCAAGCGGAUGGAGAUCGCAGUAUGUGAAGAUGAUGGAGAUGACGUGGAAUAGCAACCCUCACGCACGGCCUAGCAUGGCCGACAUGAGCAAGGGCUUAGAGGCGCUCAUAAAUCAAGAGCCGAUGUCGGUGGGUGAGUUCAUGUAGCUCGGGUGUUUGUAGCUGCCAUCACUCAAGAUGGCAAGACGCUGUCGUCUGCGUGUGAACAGAGUUUGUUCGUAGAAAAGUAUUUUUCGGUGGUAAGAUAAAUUCAUUUAACCCUUG